AGUAAAAGCAAAGUUUAUCCACAGCAUCUAUGAGAAAGCACACGUGGCGGUGGGAAGAGAGUCGAAGACGGCGGCAGAGCCACGUGGGGAUCACGUGAACCCAUCUCCUUCUCAUCAGAAGUAGUUGGUUAUAUAACAGACCGUUGGGGCGUUAGGGCAAAAACCAAAACUAUCAUUAUCCAUUUCUCUCAUUCAACAGAAAUCAACAUCCAUUUCUCUCUCUCUUUCUCACUCUCUAGUCUCCCUCUCAAGAAACUCACAUUGUGAGUUAUAUUCUUUAAGUUUAGUUACUACAUAUACCCAUAAAAUGGACAUCAAGAAAACCAAAGCUGCUUCGUCUUCUUCUUCAUUUGAUAAUCUGUUUGGUCCUAAAGGAUCAGCCUCUGCUUCAUCUGCUUCUUCUUGUUCAACUAUACUCGACUCCAUUUUCCCUCCCCCGGUAGCAAGGAAGAAGGGAAGUCACACUGCUCCUGAAGUUCAAGGCAGCAUCACUCUAGCCACUGAUGAGAGAAGCAGCCAUGAAAAGAGAGAAUCAUCCUAUUAUAGCUCAUCCAUUUACUACGGAGGCCAGCAACAUUAUUCACCUCCACGAACCGAUGGCUCCUCCACUUCUCCAUCUCAUCAGCCCAAAGAAACCGAUGAUCGCACUGACACAACCACCUCUACUUCCAGAGGAAAUUGGUGGAAAGGUUCUUUGUAUUACUAAGAUCAACCUAACUACUGGUCCACUUGAUUUCCGCAAUGGCCAUAUGUAUCGACUGCAUUCAUAUCAGUAACUUUGCAGUGUGAUCUUCUGGUUUUGUUUAUAUGUUCUUCAUCUUUUUCGUUUGUAAUCCUACAUGUUGGGGAUUGGUAGUUAAAGAGGGCGGUUAAUGGACAGCAUCUAUGACUAAUGUAUCGCAUACAACAAGUCGUUAAAUACUCAGUAACAAGUCAUAGCAUUUCAUGAUCAA